UAAUAAUUGAAUUGAAUUCCCCAUAUCUCAUCUUUUUUCAAGUAAAAAAAGAAAGAUAAAAUUCUCCAUACUUGUUUCCAUUAUAAUAAGUUUUAUAGCAAUAAUUCAAUAGGAUUUGGAAGGAAAAGAAGGGAAAUGGGGGGAGGUGGGUUUGAUAUGGAAUCAUUGGUGGAUGCAACAGCAGGGGCAAUUGGAUCUCUUGCUAGCACUACCAUCUUGUACCCUUUAGAUACUUGUAAGACCAAAUACCAAGCUGAAUUACGCACCCCCCAUCUCCGUAAAUACAGGAACCUUUCUGAUGUUCUCUGGGAAGCAAUUUCCAAACGUCAGGUUCUUUCUUUGUUUCAAGGCCUGGGUACAAAGAACCUGCAAUCGUUUAUUUCAUCAUUCAUAUACUUCUAUGGAUAUAGCUUCUUCAGGAAGAUGUACAUUGAGAGGUCUGGAUACAAGUCUAUUGGAACCAGAGCUAACUUGCUUAUUGCUGCUGUUGCUGGCGCUUGCACGGUUGCAAUAACCCAGCCUUUGGAUACAGCUGCAUCAAGGAUGCAAACGAGUGAUUUCGGCAAGUCCAAAGGGCUAUGGAAGACCCUGUCAGAGGAAACAUGGGGAGAGGCAUUUGAUGGACUUGGCAUAUCAAUUUUACUUACGAUAAAUCCAGCAAUUCAGUACACUGCAUUUGAUCAACUAAAACAAAGACUACUGGAGGGAAAAGCUGGUAACCCGCAGUCACUUUCUGCCCUUAAUGCUUUUCUGCUAGGGGCAGCCUCAAAGUGUGCUGCUACCUGCUUGACUUACCCGGCUAUCAGAUGCAAGGUCAUGAUUCAGGCAGCAGAAUCAGAAGAAGAUAGUAAUGAUGAAUUAGAUGUGCAAUCAAGAAAAACAGUAACUGGGGCACUCUCUGCCAUAUGGAACAAGGAAGGGUUGCUAGGAUUUUUCAAAGGCUUAAGAGCCCAAAUCCUAAAAACCGUGCUAAGUUCAGCAUUGCUUUUAAUGAUAAAGGAAAAGCUCACAAAGAGCACAUGGGUGUUGUUUCUGGGAAUAAGGAGAUUCUUGUUUCUAAACAGAAGCAGGUUAAAAAGCUCUUAAAUAGUGUUUGAUAGAUUGGGUUCUGAUGUGUAAUAAGGACCACACAUGGUCUCGUAAAUUAAGAGUUUUUUUAUAUUUAUUUAUUGUUUAAAACGUUGUUUCUUUAAAAAGAUUACAGUGCUUGAAUAGAUAACUGUCUAUGAAGAUUUAAAGUUGCUA